AUGUGGGAAACCAGAGACCCUGGCGUCGAACCGCUGACGUCAUGGCUCGCUGUCACUGAGACAAGAACCACUGAGUGGCAGCCCAUCGGUCUUGUUAUUGAGGUAUUGACCGGACCUAGAAGGGAUAACCCUACAUGUUGUAAAGACUACGUCUCGUGUACUCGGGUCAAAACAGGUUGUCAUUUAGCCACACGGGUCGCGUACGACCACGACGAUCUCGACGAUCUGAAUGACGUAGCAUAUUCGCACUUGAGCUGUCACACUAGCACUAACCCAUUGACCCAGCCUUCUGUCUGGACCCUUGCCAUAACAUUACCAGAAUUACACCUGGACGAAAAGAUGCCACCGAAACAAGCACAACAGAAACCAAAACCAAACGCCGCAAAUCCACCAAGCCAGAAUAUGGCUAACAACAGCGCCGGUGGCCAACAAGGUGGCAUUCCAGACCAUGAGAUCAAACAGAACGCCGGCGUAUCAGCGAGCAUGGCGCUCCAGGCGGGUCAGAAGGCGUGGGAGUUGAGGCAAGCUGCGCAUGGAGCGGGCGACGCAAAGGCAAGAGAAGAGAUUUUGGCGAAAGCAAUCAACAAGGAGAUCGAGGCAGAGUCUUUUGGAAAAGCGGCGAAGUACACGCAGUCGGGCGCUUUCCAGGGUCUUGCAGCUGGUGCCGGAUUGGGAGUGCAGCCGGGUGUCACCAUCGGAAAAUUGACUGGUGCCCUGGUUGGUGGCACAAUAUCUACAGUGACAGGAUUGCUCGGAGGUGGCAUCGGGUCCGUUUACGGAGCGAUGAACGGUCCCAUGUGGGACCUUGGUGAGAUGGCAAGUCAAGGUGUCCAGGGAGUUGUCGGAGACUUCCUUCCGGACAUCAAGUCGACUCCAUCGCAGAAGAAGGCUUUGGAGAAGAUGAUCAUGCAAACAAAGGAAACCCAAGCGCCAUCCAAAGAGGAGCUGGAGCAAAUGAAGAACGACGCACCAGACCAGAUGCCGCAGUCUUGGUCUCAGUCGGCCAAAGACAUGACAGCCUGGAGGCCGAGCAUGCCGAGCAUGCCAUCAGCUAAGGGUAUGGGGGGUGCAUUGGGACUGGGUGGAAUAGGUGCCGCGAUGAAUCCAUGGGGAGGACAGAGUCAACAGCAACAACAGCCGCAGCAGAGCUCAUCACAACCGAAGCAACAGCCUCAAAAGCAGGCUCAACAGGCUCCGAGUCAGCCCAAACAAUCGACCCAGCCUCAGAAAAAUUCUCAAACAAAGCCACAACAACCAAAGACAAACAACCCACAACCGCCAAAGCAAGAGAAACCACAAUCCAAUGAACCACCAAAGGAAGCACCCAAACCUCGUUCUCAGCGGCCGCCUACCACCAGAGGGCCUGCUAAUCCCCAAUCGUCUCAGCAGAAUCAGGCACCGAGUGCACAACAGACCACAAGUCAGUCAAAGACCUCGUCACAGAAAUCGAACUCAACGAGCAAGCCCGCCAAUACCUCCAGUCAACCAAAGCGUGUGUCCUUUAGCGAUAACAAAGAAAACAAUGCCCCAGCCACUACCUCAAAAGAAAAAAGGAAGCCGAGAAAGUUGGGUCAGCAGGGGAGCAACACACAGAAGAGCGGCGGUCCAAGUCAACCAUCUACUCCGAAGAAGGCACCGCGCAAGUUAGAACCAAGGAAGCCUGCUGCAUAG